GCCUGCCCUCCCGCCGUUGGAAACUCAUGGACCCCAGAAUCUCGGCUUUCCGCCUACCAGAGGUGCCCUGAUCCCCUCCCACUGCCCUGGGAGCAGCCCAACCCCAACGCCUUUAGCUAGAGAUUGAAAUCCUCUGGAACCAACCACAGGACACUCUGGAUUGAGGCGGAACCCGCUACCACUGUGUCGAAAGCAGCACCCUUCUAGGAUUUGCGCCCUUUGCGGCGCGCCUGGGCUGAGAUCUGAGAAAUGCGCCCCGGGCCACAGGCAGCCGCGGAGGCGGGGAAGAAACAACUUUCCCUCCGCCCUCUAACCGCAAGGACCGGGUGGGGCGGCCUCGCGGGGUCCGGCUCCUCCGCUUUCCCAGCUGGGAUCCCCUGCCGGAGCUGGCGUGGGGGCCGACGAGGGGGACCAGAGGGGCUGCCUUCUCUCCCCAGGCCCCACCAGAUGUUGGAAAGGCAAACAAUAGGGGAAACACGGAGAAACAAAAGGCCAUUUGCCACGAUCCCAGUCGACAGUGCCGCAAGGUCCCUGCCGGGAGGGUCAGCAGAGAGGGUCGGGAAAGAAGGCAAGGGGGCUCCCUAGAGAUUUAGGGUCUCUGGUACUUGCCAGGCGCCAGGGGUCGGCGCUUUACCCUCCCUGCAGUGGUCUGAAGGUGGGAAGGGGCAAUCAAAGAAAAGUUUAAGGAUUUUCGCCUUCUUCCCCAGUUCAAGGAAAGGGAGGGGCUGGGAUUCCAGAUGUUUGACAGUUGUUGGCCCCAAAGUUAAGCGCGAUUUGUACGGCCUUUCUACGCUCCCCACCUCCAUGAGGCAUCAACAGCCCCGGGGGCGACCCGGCAGACCUCGCGGAGUUCCGACGCUGCCUCGAGCUGAGACUCCUCCCUCAGGAUCAGGACGCCCAAGCGUGGUCCCCAGCCCGGGCGCACUUGUGUAAAGUUUGUCUUCCCGCCACCCCACAGCCCAACACGCACCCGGCAGGCGUCCGCGGCUAGGGAUGGGCUCGGAGACAGACGCACCCUGAAAGGAGGACGAUCUUAUUGAUUUAUAUGUUUUCAAAUCACGGCCACGGAUCCCGGGGUGGAAAGUGGGCGACCCUGGUUCCUGCCGGGAAGUGCGCACGAGAAGCCGGCCCGAAGCCCCGACGCAGGCAGGGGUCCGAAGCGGACUCCAGUCCCGGAAGCCCGCGGCCGGCCGGCAGGGGACAGGUCCGCCGCCUCCCGCACCCUCCCGCACCCUCCCGCACCCGCGCCCAGGUGCGCCCCGCACCUCGCUGCCCGCCCGGCGGAGAUCCCGAGCGAGUAGCCACCGGGCUGCGCCGCCUCCCCUCGCUCGGAGAGGGUUCUUACUCACCGUGGCGUUUUACCGCCAGCCCAGGGCCCGGUAGGCUCCCUUCGCCGGGUCAGCGGCAGCCAGCGCGAGAGGAAAAGGGUGAGCUCGAGGCAGGAGGGGCGUCGCUUGCCAGUCCACGCGAGGGACUCUGCGGCCGGUGCGCGCGGUCCCAGCGAGCCAACCGGCGGACGGGCGAGCGCCUGGCUCCAGCUGCAGCCGCCGCCGCUCCGGAGCAGCCCCCACAGGCACCCAGCGCGCCGCGCAGCCGGCCGGGGCUCGACUGUCUCGCGGGGUCUCCGAACGGGGACCUCUGGCGGCCGCCUGUGGAAUGGCAGCUCCGUGGGGAGAAAAGUUGUCUUUGGGAUCAUCGUAAGGGAUGGGAAAUGACCGGUCUAAGGGGGCUCCCAGCCCUGCGGAAAAGACACUGACCCUCCUGCCAGGGCAGGGAAGAAGGUGUCGGAUCAGAAAGGAUGCGCUCUGCGUCCACAACGGUCACUUCCAAGGCACCUACAGAAGGGGAAACGGUGUGCCUUCGUCAGGAUUUUCUGAUUCUUGAAAAAUAUCAUGAACUACCUGGCAUAGAGCAGAGCAUUAAUCAUUGGCAAAUACUCAAAUUCUAGCAGAUUUACUAGAACACACAGAGAGUCACGGACGAACAUGGAUUUUAAAGCCCAACCCACAGCCUGCCACUCUCUAUUUGUGUGGUCUUGGUCUAUCUACAACCUUAAAGCCUCAGUAUUCUCCGUAAAUUGGCGGGGAGCAGUAUCUACCUUGCAGGGUGAUGGCUACGGGUAUACUACAUACAAAACGUUUUUUAGUUUAUAGUAAGAGUUAUCAAAUACGAGCUUCCUGCCUUCUGUAGAAAAGGAAUGGGAUCGUUCACAUUUUUCUAUUCCCCAUAUGAUCACAUCUUAAUGCAUAUCGAAUGACAAGGUACUGCAUUCCAGCAUUCUUACACACCCUUCAAAGAGGUAUGGAACUAUACUAAGGAGAAAUUAGGAUACAAAGAGAAAGCAUCCCUCCUCUAAAAGAGGUUUCUGCAGCCAACUACGAAAUGAGACCUAAAAUCACACACAUUUCUUGCCAUAUCAAGUCAUCUCAGAUAUUGUAAGAAAUGUUUCAUAAAUAGUCAUGACUUAAUGAUAU